AUGGAAAGUGCAGGACCAUCGACCCACCAUAUCGCCUCCGAUGUUACAUCGACCCACCAUAUCGCCCCCGAUGUUACAUCGGACUCGAUGACCUCCAGAGACUAUUAUGCGGAUUCAUACGCGCAUUUUGGUAUUCACGAGGAAAUGCUCAAGGACACUGUCCGGACAGGAUCAUAUCGUUCUGCGAUCAUGAACAACGGUCACCUUUUCAAGGGUAAAACAGUCCUAGAUGUUGGUUGCGGAACUGGUAUCUUGAGUAUGUUCGCUGCAAAAGCGGGUGCUUCACAUGUAGUUGGUAUCGACAUGUCGAAUAUCAUCGAUCAAGCUCAAAAGAUCAUAGAAGCCAACGGCUUUAAAGACACAAUUACCCUCGUCAAGGGAAAACUCGAGGAAGCCGAGCUUCCUAUCGAUAAGUUCGAUAUCAUCAUUUCAGAGUGGAUGGGUUAUUUCCUUCUCUACGAAUCUAUGUUGGACACGGUCUUGCUUGCAAGAGACAAAUACCUCAAGCCGGAAGGACUGAUAUUCCCGGACACCGCAAAAUUACUUUUUGCUGCCAUUGAAGAUCAGGACUACAAAGAGGAGAAGAUCAACUUUUGGGAUAAUGUGUAUGGCUUCGACUACUCGUGUAUCAAAGACAUCGCGCUCCGCGAACCUUUGGUGGAUACCGUUGAACUGAAAGCGGUCGUAACCGAUCCCUAUGUCAUCAAAGAAAUCAACCUCUUGACAGCAACAAAAGAGGACCUGACUUUCACAGCACCCUUUAACCUUGUUGCUACACGUGAUGACUAUAUCCAUGCAUUCCUUGCUUGGUUCGACAUCGUCUUCGAUUGCACACAUAAGAAAGUCAAGUUUUCAACUGGUCCUCAUGCGCAAUACACGCACUGGAAGCAAACAGUGUUCUAUACCCCCGAGACAAUCACUAUCAAAAGAGGGCAGGAAAUUACUGGCAGUCUCGCUUGCGCGCCGAACGCUCGGAAUAACCGCGAUCUUGACAUUUCCAUUACGUAUGCAGUCGGGGACGAGGAGGAGGAGACAAUAGUCGAUUACAAAAUGUGCGUGAUUUUGUAUUCUUGCCGCAUCCCUUUUCUCCUCCAGUCCGAUUGA